GUCACGGCGCGCGGGGAAUGCUGGGAGUUUCGUAGAGGAGAAUCCAUUCGGCCAAGAUGGCGGACGUGGUGGAGUAGCGAUGUGCCUCUCGUCGGACUUACCCUAAUUUCGUGUUGCAAUCCCAAUAUAACAAGUUCCUGAUCGGUGCACCACAUUCCUGAAGUGUCAAAUAUGUAAUUUAAUGAUUGCAAAAGUGUGUGCUCUCCUUACAAUUUUGGAUUUAGAACAGCCUUGUGGGUUACCCGUUGUCCACGAGAAGCUCUUCCCAAAAUGGCAGCAAGCGCCCCGCGUUCAGUGAAAGUGUGAAAUUUAGGGCCGAACUUUUGUGUACAUUGUCAGUUUCAUAAACACUGGGACAAUAUUUAUAUUUCUCCCGCCUCAUGGCUGUUAAGUUUUGAUUACCGAAGGCGAUUUUAACUCAUACAGUCAAUUUUUGGGAGGAAAAUAUCUGGAACAAUGCAUCAGGUCCUAUCAGCAGAAGGCUCAGAAUCCGCCUCUGAUUCUGAGAAAAAUUCAUCAGGUUCGGACAAUGAAUCUAACUCAUCUUCAGCAGCCUCAGGGUCAGACAGCGAUUCUGGAUCGAGCUCCUCAUCUAAAUCAGCUUCAGGCAGUGGAUCGGAUUCUGAGGGCAGUCAUUCUAAGUCACGUUCAUCCAUAGCAAAGAUUUCUCCUGAUAAAUCUUCACCGGAUAAGUCAACUCCAGAGAAAAGUCGACCUAACUCAAGGUCUAGGGACAGGACUGGUUUAAAACAGGUAAAGAAGAAUCGGGAUAGAUCUUCAUCACAGACGACAGCAGAGUGCUGGGAGGAGAAUCCUGAGGUUUAUGGCAUCAGACGCUCAGGGCGGUCUAGGAAGGAGCCAGAACGCUUACGAACAGUUGAAAGUGACUCAGGGGAAAAGAUCAGGUCAAAACGGAGUUCUAGACAGUCAUCCAGAAAUCAAUGGAACUCUGAUUCAGGAUCAGAAUCAGAGGAAUCUUAUGAUGAGCGGCCUCCCCCUAGCAAAUCAGUCCAACGAAACCGGACUAUCCCAUCACGUCGCCCCAUCGCUAAAUCACAUGCUGGUGGGUCCCGGUCGUCAGCUAGAAAAGAUGAUCAAAAGAAUCGACGAAGAGGAAGUGAUUCCUCGGAUGAAUCUAGUUUGGAUAGUGAAAAUGGAGCUACAAACAGGUUGUAUUCCAACGCCUACUAUUAUGAUGACCCAUACAGACAAACUUCGCUUCGGACCAAUCGUUCUGUCACUUACAAGGAAGCAAGUGAUGAUGAGACUGGCUCUGAAGAUUUGGUUGAGCUUGAUGAAGAGGAGGCGGCAGCUGCUGCAGCUGCUGCAGCAGAACCAGAUAACUCUGAAACCAUUGAGAAAGUUUUGGCAGCCCGAAGAGGCAAACGUGGAGCGGUUGGAAAUAUAACUACUAUGUACGCUGUGGAAACUAAUGGAGAUCCUAAUGAAGGUUCUGAUCCUAAUGAUUUUGAAAAUACAGAAUUGCAAUAUUUAAUCAAAUGGAAGAAUUGGUCUCACAUACACAACACAUGGGAAUCUGAGUUUUCACUCAAAGAGAACAAGGUUAAGGGUCUGAAAAAGCUUGAAAAUUUUGUGAAGAAAGAAGAAGAAAUCAAUCUAUGGCGGUCUCAUUCAAAUCCAGAGGACUUAGAAUACUAUGACUGUCAAUUGGAGUUGUCCCAGGACUUGUUGAAAAGUUACACCAAAGUUGAACGUAUUAUAGCUGAGACGACAAAAACAUCUAAUGCCCAGGUUGAUUACUAUGUAAAAUGGGAAAACUUGCCAUACAGUGAGGCCACAUGGGAAGAUGGUAUACUCAUUAAUGGCAGGUGGCCGGAAAAAGUUAAAGAAUAUAGAGAAAGAGAAGACUCACGCCAGUGUCCAUCUAAAUUGUCUAGGGUUCUCAAGAGUCGGCCUAAGUUUGUAAAAAUUGAAAAGCAACCUUCCUAUUUUGGUGGUGAGAAGGAUUUGGUUCUGAGGGACUACCAAAUGGAUGGUCUUAACUGGUUGGUGGGCUCCUGGACCAAAAACAAUUCUGUGAUUCUAGCUGAUGAGAUGGGACUUGGGAAAACAAUUCAAACCAUCUGCACUUUGUAUUACUUGUUCAUGGAGUAUCAGCUGUAUGGCCCUUUUUUAUUGGUUGUACCCCUAUCAACCAUGACAUCUUGGCAACGAGAGUUUGCCCUGUGGGCUCCUAAAAUAAAUGUUGUCACUUAUCUUGGUGAUGUCAUUUCUAGAAAUAUUAUCAGGGAUUACGAGUGGUUUCAUGCUGGUUCUAAACGACUGAAACCGAAUGCUGUACUUACAACAUAUGAAAUAGUUCUGAAAGACAAAGUCUUCCUUGGAAGUCAAAGUUGGGCAGCAUUGAUGGUUGAUGAAGCUCAUCGCCUGAAGAAUGAUGAUUCUUUAUUAUACAAAGCACUCAAAGACUUCCAAACCAAUCAUCGCCUCUUAAUCACAGGAACUCCUCUUCAAAACAGUUUGAAAGAAUUAUGGGCCCUCUUGCACUUCAUUAUGCCUCAUAAAUUUGAGACUUGGGAAGCCUUUGAGCGUGACCAUGAAGAUAGUGCCAAGAAAGGUUAUGCAAAACUUCACAAACAGCUGGAGCCUUACAUCAUCAGAAGAGUGAAGAAAGAUGUGGAGAAGUCAUUGCCAGCAAAGGUUGAACAAAUUCUCAGAGUUGAAAUGACUUCAGUACAAAAACAGUAUUACAAAUGGAUUUUAACCAAAAAUUACAAUGCUCUUCGCAAGGGAGUGAAAGGAUCUUCCACUACCUUUCUGAAUAUUGUUAUUGAGUUAAAGAAGUGUUGCAACCAUGCAUCACUUACAAAACCCCCAGAUCCAGCAGAAAUUCAAUACAAACCCCCUGCUGAGCAUAUCAAGGAAUUGGUCAAAGGAUCCGGUAAACUAGUAUUACUAGACAAGCUUCUUGUACGGUUAAGAGAAACAGGCCAUAGAGUCCUUAUUUUCUCCCAGAUGGUCAGGAUGUUAGAUAUAUUAGCAGAGUAUCUACAACUGAGACAUUUCCCAUUCCAAAGGCUGGAUGGAAGUAUUAAGGGUGAACUGCGUAAGCAAGCAUUGGACCACUUCAAUGCAGAUGGCUCUCAGGACUUUUGUUUUCUGCUAUCUACCAGAGCUGGUGGCUUAGGCAUUAAUCUAGCUACUGCAGAUACUGUCAUCAUUUUUGAUUCUGACUGGAACCCUCAAAACGAUCUCCAAGCUCAAGCAAGAGCCCAUCGAAUUGGCCAAAAAAAUCAAGUCAAUAUCUACCGUCUUGUGACCAGAUCAUCAGUAGAGGAAGAUAUUGUAGAGAGAGCUAAGGAAAAGAUGGUACUUGAUCAUCUCGUCAUUCAAAGAAUGGACACCACUGGUAGAACUGUGCUUGAUAAAAAGUCAGCCUCAUCAUCAACGCCUUUCAAUAAAGAUGAGUUAACCGCUAUUCUUAAAUUUGGUGCUGAGAAAUUGUUUGAGAAAGAAGAAGAUGCUGAUGAUGAAGACGAACCAACUUGUGACAUAGAUGAAAUUUUGCGGCGUGCUGAGACUCGUGAUGAGGCACCAACAAUGGCUGGUGAUGAACUUUUGUCUGCAUUCAAAGUGGCUACCUUUGCCAUUGAUGAAGAUGAAGGCCCUGAAAAUCUUCCAAAGACAGAAGAGGAUGAAGAAAGUAAAGAUUGGGAUGACAUUAUUCCUGAAACAUUUCGUAGAAAGGUUGAAGAGGAAGAGAAAGCUAAGGAGAUGGAAGAUCUGUACCUGCCACCUCGAAGCCGCAAAACACUCCAACAAAUUAACCAGUCUGACACAGAAGGUAGUGGCAGAGGACGAAAACGACGGAAGGGAGGUGAGGAAUCGGGUUCUAGUGAGGAGGAGAGCGAUGAGGAACGCCCAAAGAAAAGAGGGCGGCCAUCAAGAAGAGAAAUUAAAGGAUUCAAUGAUGCCGAGAUACGGCGUUUUGUUAAAAGUUACAAAAAGUUCUCUGCGCCCAUGAAACGUUUGGAAGCUAUAGCUGAAGAUGCAGAACUCACUGAUAAGUCUCAAAGUGAUUUACGCAAGCUUGCAGAACUUUUAAGAGAGAGAUGUUUGCAAGCAGUAUCAGAGAACCAAGAAAAUCAAGCAGGGGAAGAGAAUACAGGUUCCAAGCAGAAGGGCCGUGUUUCCCUUAAAAUUGCUAAUGUUGCUGUCAAUGCCAAGGCUGUUCUGGCAUGUGAAGAAGAGAUGGCUUCUUUAGAUGAAAUGAUACCUAAUGAACCACAAGAAAGAACAAAAUGGAUGAUCGAUUUUAAGACCAAAGCUGCUAAUUUUGACUGUGAUUGGGGUGCAGAAGAAGACUCUGCUCUUUUAAAAGGAAUAUAUCAGUACGGUAUGGGAUCAUGGGAAGCUAUAAAGAUGGAUCCAACCUUAGGACUUGGCGAUAAAAUUUUGAUGAAUCAGGAAAAGAAACCUCAAGGAAAGCAUCUUCAAACUCGUUCUGACUAUUUAUUGAGGCUUCUUCGCAAAUAUAGUGACCAGAAGAAAGGGGUGCCAAAACCAAAACGACAAAGAAAAGCUGCUGUCAAAGCACUGACCAAAGAAAUUGUUGAUGAUGAUUCAUCUGGAGAGGACAAUACAAAUAUGUCUGGCACAGCCAGCCUUAACUCGUCCAGCACACAGAAGAGAGCUUCAAAAAAGAACUCGGAUGGAAAGAAAUCAGAUGAUGACGAUGAUAUGAAAGAUACAAAGGAUGACUUAAAGGAUAUUAAAGAGAAGGUUGAGAAAAAGAAGAAAGGGAAAGAAGCUAAAGAGAAAAAGGAAAGGAAAAAGAAAAAGAAGCAAGAGGGUCCUAUGCAUUUUACAGCCAACAGUGAGCCUGUCUCUCUUGACCUACUGGGUAAUCUCGAUCCAGCCAUUUUUAGUGAGUGUAAGGAAAAAAUGAGACCAGUCAAAAAAUCUCUGAUGGCCUUAGACAAUCCAGAUACAACAUUAUCUGAGCAUGAACAGCUGAAGAAAACUCGGCAGUGCUUAAUGCUUAUUGGAGAUAAUAUCAAUAAGUGUCUAAAUGAACUCAAAGACCCUGAAAAGGUUAAAGCGUGGAGGAACUACCUGUGGUACUUCGUUUCCAAAUUCACUGAAUUUGACGCCAAAAAGCUGUUUAAAUUUUAUUGUAAGUAUGCUGAGAAGAAAAAUCACCAUGAUGAGAAAAAGGAUAAAAAGAAAGAAAAAGAUGAAAAAGAAAAGAAAGUGGAGAAAGACAUUAAAAAAGAACCGAAAGAAGAAAAGACGCCAGGGAGCAAAAGACCUCAUGAUGAAGAUUCACAGUCUGUUCCAGCAAAAAAGACAUUAGAUGGCGAAGGAAGGGAUAAGGAAGAAAAAAAGGAAAAAGAUAAGGAGAAAAAGAAGAAAGACAAAGAUAGAGAACGUGAUAGAGACCGAGAGCGUCCUUCAUCUCGUGGUCCUUCUACUCCUCAGAGAUCGGGUCAGGUUGGAGAAAACCCACAUCCCGGAAAUAGGGCGCCUAACGAAGGUUCCAAUGACCGCUGGAAUUCGAGUGGCAGUCAGAGAGAGAGAUUCAGUGGUGAGCACAAGCGGGAUAGGUUCGACAACUACUCUCGUGGUUCUGCACAACAAGGCUACCACAGGGAUAGAGAGCGUGACCGGGAUCGUGACAGGGACCGUGAUCGCAGAGAUAGAGACCGAGAUCGAGACCGAAGUCGAGAUUUCAACCGGGAUCGAGAUCGAGACCAGAGGAGGUUCCAUCACACACCCCACAUGCCUUAUGGCGCGCAUUAUGGUCCUUCCUCUACCGCCCCCGGUUAUGGGCAUGCUCCGGGAAUGUAUCCUCAGCAAGACAUGUAUGGGCGGGACUCAGGGCGGUACCCUGGUGCACCAGUAAAUGCUGCUGGAGGAGGACCAGAUUGGCAAUCAAGGCCUGGGAAAGACCGAGAAUAUAGUAGAGACUUUGACAGAAGACCUCCGCCUAACCCCUCGUAGUGUUCAUGUGACUUCUUUAGCAAUAGGUUGUGAUAAAUUAUUUUCUUCUUCUACUUGACGACAAAACUUUCAAGAGAAGUUCAUUUGAAGUGCUCAAGAUUUUGUGUGCUCUGAAGAUUAUUACUGUGGCCUAUAAUAGGCUAAGAGACCUACACUGUAUGUGCCACUGAGAUCUUAUCAUAAAAUGUCGGUCAAGGAGAACCUCGUGUCUCUCUGCUUACCUUGGAAAUCCCAUGUGUGUUUCUAUAGAUAUUUUUUUGUUGAGUGACUAAGUUUUAAGGUUUGUGUUACAAUGAAUUUGACUGUUUACUCUGUAAGUUGGUAAGUUGGCAUUCAAUUCCAUUGAAUGUGCUAGCAGAUGAUUUUCAUCUCUUCAUUGUGUGAUCUACCUAUAAAAUGUGCAGUAAAAUGUGAUGUCAAGCAAUUAAAUUCCAAAAUGUGAAGGCUUCACAUUUGUCUGAAUAAACUUUUAAACAGUGAUUUGAUUAUACUUACAAAAAAUUAUUAUUUUCCAUACCAGUGCUUUUUUGUGUUUCAUAAUGCAAAUUCUUGAAAUCAUUUCAUUGUUUUGUUGUUUUUUAUUAUAAUUUCAAGUGUUAGUUAUAAAAUUUGCUGUUGAGCAAAUUUGAACUGAUAGGCUUUAUAGUGGAUAUUUUUAAUUUAUUAUAGGUUUUCUAAAAUUAUAGAAACUUCAGUUUGUGGAUGCCCUCCUAUCUGUAGCCAACAGCAGCUAACUAACUUAUUUUUGUAACCUACAUGCUUUUCACAUAAUUUUGUGGAUUAGUACAGACUGUGAUCAGAAAACUGUCAUCUGCUUUAGACUAUUCUUUCAGUUCAUGUUGCUGGACUAGCACGACUUUGGAAAUCUGGAUAAUCAACUGGUGCUCUCUCUACGUAGUGCCAUGAAGGCUGGGACACUGCAACACACUUUUCCUCCUAUCACCUGGAUAAGUUCUUAAAUUUGAAGGAAGACAUGGUUACUAGUACUGUACACUGUAGUGUCACCCCUUUUUAUGAAGACUUUUGUAUCUAUUGAGCAUAUCCUCUAUAUGAUCAGAUGAUGUCAAGCAGAAAGUGUUUACAUGGGUAUUAUUUUGAGAAGAGCCACCGACUAGUGUUGCUUCAUCCUUAAAUGCCAGUGCGGGUCCACUGGUCAUUUUUGCAUCGGCUAACGGUUUUCUUUUUUCUAUUUUAAAAAUUAAUUUCACUGUAUUAUGCUUAUCUGGUCAAUUUGUGCUUCUCUCUUACUACCAGUUAUAUUUUCUCUUUAAUCUAAGGACUUCACUGUGAGGUUUUAUAAUUCCACAUAGUGAAUCUAAUGCAGACUGCACUUUCCUUUGUUUUAUUUCCUUACCUCAUUGAGGUAGCUUUCAUUAGACGGUUGUCCACAUUUCUAAGGCAGAUUCUAUGCAAUGUAAUUAGCACAGUAUCAAAGCUCUGCGUUAGGAAAUCGAAUCAUGCUAGUCUUCUGAUAAUCGUAGCUUUUCUAAACAAGAGCUAAUGUGUGUAAUUCUUACUCCCCUUCUAAAUCUGUCAGUGAACUCCCAUUUUGUACCCGAAAGCUAUGGUUUUGUCAUGGUAUCCUUCAUCUUCCCCUUAUGUAGAUGACUAGAUCAAAGUAUACUUUGAAGACUGGAAAUUUUGUAUACACAGUAGGUGUAGUUAUUUUACCACCUAAAUUUUAAGGAGCUGAUUCUCUAGAAUUUACAAAUGACUGUGAACUGAAUUGUAUGUAAUAAAUUGAAAUGCUGUAUCUUAGAUGGUGUUUCAUGUUUUUCACUUUUCCUUUUAGUCUUUUAAAGGCCAAAUUUUCCAGCUUUUCCAUUAUAUUUCACUUGUUCUAUACUUAACUGUGUACUUUUGUUUUUCUUGGCAAAUGUUUUAUUUCCAUUUAUCUUGUUUUGUAAAUACAUAUUUUUGAAAAAUGCUGUUAAGUUAUGCUCAUGGAUAUGCACUUUUCGCAAGCGGCGAAAUAGCGAAAUUUCCCAAAAUGCUUCAAAACGCGAAAUUUAGCAAAAAUCGUCUGAAUCCGCGAAAUCGACCUUAAACCACGAAAUAGCCGGCGAAAAUCGGAAAAAAAUUAUUGCCGAAGAUUACUGAAUUUUGUAUCAAACAUUUACUUUUACUACCACUCUGGUCUCGAAUAGAUAAAAAAAACACUCCGUCUUUUUAAAGGUCUGGUGCAGAAAUUUGUUCCUCGUAGCAUUUUUAGGGUGUUUUGGAUGAUUUUAGGCAAAUUCGCGAUAAAAAGCGAAAUUUUAAUUUUUAUCAAUGAAAUUUCGAAGCGUCAAUCCGCUAAAAGUGCAUAUCCAUGGAUGCUGCUAGGACAAAUAUGGAUGGUACAUCACUUAUGUUUAAAGUUUUGAUGAAGUCAUCUUGUGCAUUGUGAACUUUCUGAGAUCCAUCACCAGAGAAUCAACUGUUAAGUUUUCUCUGUCGAAGCCCCUGUGCAGGUGUUGCAUUUUUGGGACACCUUAGAAAUGGAGCCUCUUCUUAGUUAAUAAAAUAAAUUUUUGAAUUAAUGAA